AAUAUACUGUAGUGUCAGGUCCGCAACCGGUAUCAUUGUGAAGAGCUUUCGAAAUGUCAGAGUGAAUUAUGACCAUUGGACAUGACAGUGUGCUGCGCAACUGUCAUGCUGAAUAAAGGUAUUCGUUAUUGGAUCGUUGUACAAGCAACAUCUUCCGUUCUUCCGUUCUUCCGUUCUUCCGUUCUGUCUUCCGUUCUUCCGUUAUACCUUCCGUCUUUGUUAUUAGGCUACCAAAGCCUCCUUCCGAAAAGUUAAAUCUUCCGUAAUACAUCCGUAUUACAUCUCAGAAGUGGGAUUCGCCCCGUGCUGCCGUUGUGUCAUCUUGGUUUAGAUCAUGCCUGGCCGUGAUGAAAUGUUGGGCGUUCUGUCGGAUGCGGGGAUUGCGGUUCCCCCUUCCGCUACCGUUGCCCAGAUCCGGAGAUUGUUUGCUGAAAUUAUGGGAAUUGACGCCACACCGAUACCAGACGAGGAACCAGCUUCCGAAGCGCCUUUGACCGAUGCUCCUACCACGUGCCUGUCCGCCAUUUUGGACGCUUCGAGUGCUACACCCGUGAAGCGCGAUGCCGCCAUUUUGGACGCCUCGAGUGCCACACUUGCGAAGCGCGAUGCCGCCAUUUUGGACGCCUCGAGUGCCACACUUGCGAAGCGCGAUGCCGCCAUUUUGGACGCCUCGAGUGCCACACUCGCGAAGCGUGAUGUCGCCAUUUUGGACGCUUCAAGUGUUACCCCCGUAAAGUGCGGUGCUGCCAUGUUGGACGCUACCGAAGCGGAGCGUGUUGAUAGUGCAGCCAAAGAAUGUAACCCGGCUAACAAAUGCACCCAGGCUACUUACGAUGACGAAAUUCGCAGAUUGCAGCAACAAUUGGAGUUAGUGGAUUUGCGCCGUAAGAUUCAGGCUUUGGAACACCAGUCUGAAUAUGCUCCACCACCGAUUGCUGACUUAAAACUCGAUAAAACAAUCGAACCCUUCACGGGAGACGACGACAGAUGUAUCAUCCAAUGGUUGGAUGACCUCGAUUAUACUUUCUCCCUACAUCGUGUGAAGGAUGCUGAUAAAUUCGUUCAUGCUCGUCGGUUGCUUAAAGGAUCUGCGGCUAUUGUUGCCCAGUCAUCUCGUGCCCUUACGCUGGAACAGUUAAAGGAAGAACUCAUCUCAACCUUGAGUGUGCCGCCCACGGUUGAAGCCGUUCUUCGACAAUUACGAUCCCGUCGUCUCUCCCCAAAGGAGACCGCCUUACGUUAUGUGUUGGAUAUGCAACGUAUUGCCAGCCGAGCCCCCAUCCCGGAACCCGAAUUGAUCAACAUUAUCCUCGAUGGUCUGGAUAGCCCAUCUCUUACUGCUGGGAUGCGAUUCAUGGCGAACAACUUGGAAGAUCUGAAGCCUAUGCUUAAGAAAUUCGAGACCAUUCGGUCCAGAAGAGUCCCCAAGCCGACGACGACAUCAUCUUCAAUUCCGGAGAAAGUUCCUGUUUCGACCAAUCGAGGAGCAACGCAGAACAUCAUUCGAUGUUACAACUGCUCGGAGUUUGGACAUCUUAAGAGUGCCUGUUCUCGCCCCAACCGACCACCGGGGGCAUGCUUCACGUGUUUCCAGAUGGGGCAUAACUACAAAAAUUGCCCAAAGAAGGUCGCGAAUGCUGCUGCUCAUCCGGAUCCAAUUACUCGUAUUGCGGGUGAUGAUAAUGAAACUCUGGCAUUAGAUGAAUUACAAGAGGUAGUUCUGUAAGUUUUAUAAAUGAAUCCAUAGUGCCAGUUGGACUCCUGGCUCCGUUAGCCCUUUCUCGAUUUCGUGGCCUAGGGAACUCCCGACUUUAUACUCGUGGUCAAGUAACGUGCCGUAUAAAAUUUAAGGAGGUGAUCCUCAAUCAUUCAUUUAUUAUAUUACCCGAGAACUCUAUGGACUGGCCAAUAAUUAUAGGUAGAGAUAUACUCCCUUCGUUUAACGUCCGUCUUACGUACUCUAAGAAUUACGUCUCUCUUAUGCAGCCCCCUCGGGGGGGAAUUGAAACCCAGAACCAGGAUUCACUAGAUGUGGCAACCAAUGAAAUUUCUGCUAUUGACGUUUAUGAAUCAGAAAUUGAGCCUGAUGUUGGCCCCACAUUAUCUUCAAAGCAAUCCGCUAUUGUCCUACCAAUCAUUAAGGAAAAUUAUCUCGACGAUUCUAUUCAAUGCACUCAGUUAGUAAAUCAUAAAAUGAAGAUCAAUCUCACUCAUCAGACUUCUAUGGCUCACGUGGAUGCAUUAAGCCGAACUGAAGCAGUAGGUGCAAUUAGCGAAUUAGACCUUGACUUUCAACUUCAGGUAGCUCAAUCAAGAGAUCCUUCCAUUGACUCUUUAAAACGAAAACUCGAAGUCGGUCCUGUUAAUGGAUUCGUCUUGCAAGAUGGUCUUGUUUAUCAUCAGUCUCCCCUCUAUCCCCUCCAAUUGUAUGUACCUCGUGAAUUUCUUGAGUCCAAAACAGAAGACGUUAGUCGAGACCUUAAUCGUCUCCGUUCCGAAGCACAGGAAAAUAUCGAAAUAUCGCAAAAUCGAAAUGAGCAAUACUUAGCCGAUAGGAACAAGCCAGCUCCUAAAUUCACCGUAGGAGAUCUAGUAGCUAUCAAAUAUACAGACACAAGCGGUGUCAACAAAAAGCUUAACUGUAGGUUUCGCGGCCCUUAUAUAAUUCACAAAAUUCUUCCUCAUGACCGCUAUGUUGUUAGAGAUGUUGAGGGAUGUCAGCAUACACAAAUGACCUAUGAUGGCGUUCUAGAAGUUGAUAAGCUUAGGAAGUGGGCCACUAAUACGUAGAUAUGAUUAGGUAUGUAGUCAAGUAGGAUUGAGGUCAAUCCUAAGUCAGGAUAGCCGAGCUGUAAUAUACUGUAGUGUCAGGUCCGCAACCGGUAUCAUUGUGAAGAGCUUUCGAAAUGUCAGAGUGAAUUAUGACCAUUGGACAUGACAGUGUGCUGCGCAACUGUCAUGCUGAAUAAAGGUAUUCGUUAUUGGAUCGUUGUACAAGCAACAUCUUCCGUUCUUCCGUUCUUCCGUUCUUCCGUUCUGUCUUCCGUUCUUCCGUUAUACCUUCCGUCUUUGUUAUUAGGCUACCAAAGCCUCCUUCCGAAAAGUUAAAUCUUCCGUAAUACAUCCGUAUUACAA